AUCCAUACAAUCAAAGCAAACAGGAAGAGUAUUAGAUCGAAUCAAAUAAUAAUACUCCUUUCGAUUCUUAUCUUUAAGUUCCUAACUAACAUAACUUGUUCUAUAUAUAUAUAUAUGGUAUAUAUCAGAUUUUGCAAACUAUAUUAUUACUCUAUCAAAUUAAAAUUAUUGUUACGAUUUGCGAGUUGUGACAUCAAUCAUUUAAACAAUAAAAAUGGUGUUUUUGAGGGGGUUUUGGCUUGUUUCCAUGGUUGUUGUGUUACUUAUUGCAAUGUUAUCAGGCUUGAGGGCAGAUAAUAAUAACAGUUGUGACAUAUUUGAAGGGAGUUGGGUAUUAGAUCCUACUUACCCCUUGUAUGAUUCAUCUGUAUGUCCAUUCUUGAGGACACAGUUUGAUUGCCAGAAGAAUGGUAGGCCUGAUAAAUUCUAUCUUGGCUAUCGAUGGCAACCUAAAGGGUGCAAUCUUGACAGAUUGGAUGUAAAUGAAUUUUUGAGAAGGUUUAGAGGAAAGAAAAUAUUGUUUGUGGGAGAUUCGCUAAGCUUAAAUCAAUGGCAAUCUCUAACUUGCAUGCUUCACGCGGGCAACCCAAUGGCUAAAUACACCUUAACGCAAGAACAACCCAUCUAUUCUUUCCGAUUUCCAGAGUAUGAUCUGACAAUUAAUAUGCAAUGGCAUCAAUUCCUAGUCGACAUAGAUGUGGAAAAGAUAGGCAGAGUUUUGAAGCUCGAUUCUAUUAAAGGUGGUGAUGUAUGGAAGGAUUUCGACUUACUUGUCUUUGAUAGUUGGCAUUGGUGGUUUUAUAAGCCUCCCCAGCAACCGUGGGAUUUCAUACAAUUGGGAAAUGAAACAAUGAAAGAUAUGAAUCGGAUUGAGGCAGCCAAGAUUGCACUUGGAACUUGGGCUAAAUGGGUCGACUCUGAGGUUGAUCAUAACAGAACCAAAGUUUUUUAUCAAGGCAUCUCACCGUCUCACUAUCAUGGAGUUGAUUUUGGGAAACCAACAGCACAAGAUUGCAAAAAGGAGACACAACCUAUAAUUGGGCCAAAAAGCCCAGCACCAGCAAGCCCAGGAGUGAAUAUAGUGAAGAAAAUAUUGGGCCAAAUGAAUAACCCGGCAUUCUUUUUGGAUAUCUCAUUAGCGUCCCAAUUAAGACCCGAUGCACAUCCUCAGUAUUAUAGUAAUCCACAGCAUACUGGUGGAGAUUGUACCCAUUGGUGCCUUGGUGGUGUCCCUGAUACUUGGAAUUUGCUCCUUUAUGCUUCUUUCUAGUCUUUUGUCCGCCGUUUCUACUCCCUCCGAAUCUAAAUGUUAUUCCCGUUUUCUUUUUUAGUGUCCCAAAAUAAUUUUCCCAUUUCUUUUAUUUCCUUUUUAAUCUCUUCUUUGUAAUUUUAACUUUGUAAUUCUAUUGGUUUAUCAAUAAAAAACCUUGUAGUCUCA